GACCAAUCAAUUAUCGAUUGAAAUAAGCGGUACCCAGUUUGAGCUUGUCAUUAAGUUUAGUUUGAGUGUCGAAGUAGGAUAGCGUUGUUUAUUUGGUCUUCUGUCUUCCACACUAUAUAUACAUAUACAGAUUAAAAUGGGUUCACUAUCAGAAUUCCAAAAGAGAAAAAUUCUCGCUGUUUUCAACACACUUUACGAUACAAAUAAAGAUGGUGUAAUAGAAAAAUGUGAUUUUGAAGAAGCAGCACAGAAAGUAUGUAAUUUACAUCACUGGAAACAAGGGGGUGAUAAAUAUAAAUCAGCUGAAGCUACACUUAGUUCUAUCUGGGGCGGUUUAAGAAAAUUUGCAGAUAAAAACGAGGAUGACCGAGUAACAAAAGAUGAAUGGAUCACCAUGUGGGACGAUUGUGUUAAAAAUUUAGCUGCUGGAAAAGGAUUCCCUGACUGGCAAAAAAAUUACAUGGAAUUUAUGUUCUUGGCUAAUGAUACAUCAGGUGAUGGUUUUAUUGACAAAGAAGAAUAUAUUACUAUAUACGAACUAUUUGGUAUUAGUGCAGAAUCCGCUGGAGCAGCAUUUGAUAAACUAGCACAGGGAACAGACGGUAAAAUAUCUUGGAAUGAGUUCGAAUCACUUUGGACAGAAUACUUUACAUCAGAUAACCCUAGUGUACGAGGAAACUUUCUCUUUGGCCAGAUUCCAGUUUGAAGUUGACAAGGGAGUCUGAGAUUAGGAAAGUCAUUCGCCUCCGAUCCUUAGACGGAUUUUUAUAAGGAUGAUUUUUGUGUGAUUCCGUCUAUAGAAUCCAGAUACGCCUGAUAUUACCAACAUAUUCAAAGAGAACAUAAUUAAACUCUCCUGUAUAUUGGUUAUAACCUUGGGAAAUAGGCUGUUCAUGCUUUGUCUUUUAAUUUAUACAAAUUUAUACAUUGGAAUAAUUCAUAUUUUAUAUUAUAAUAUUCAGCUUUUAUUGAUUAUUUAUCAUGAAAUAAAACAGUCGAACUCUGAUGUGUGACUGGGAUAACUGUACAUUUGGUGGGAGGGAAAACCCCAAUAGUUAUUGGCAAGUUUUUAAACAGAAUUUAUAAAAGUAUCUUGAAACAUUAAACGCCUUGGUUUGAUAUGUAAUUGGUAGAUUUAUCAGUUUGUUGGUUAUGUUGGUUAACAAUAUAGUUGUAAAUAGACCCCCUAUGGAAUGAGUCAGAAACAGUAUCAGUAGUAGGUAAACUUAUUGUUGUAACGUAGAUCGAGUUGUGAAAGAGAUCAGCGAGGCAGUUGUAAUAAUAUAUUUAUAAUACCAACAUUUAAAGAGAAAAUCUUUCAACUAUUUCUAUUUUUCCACCGACUCUUCCUCUUUUGUUCAACAUGGUGUACGUUUAUGGUCGAUGUUAUAACUUUUGAAUAAAAACCCAUUCCACAAAA